ACGAGAGCUGAGCAGUGAGCAAUAGUUCACUAGAUGUGGGAAACAGAGUGGGAUCUGCAGCAGAACAAGAUCAGAUAGCAGAUAUACUAAGAAAGUGUGAGACAUGGAAGAAGAGAGACUGUUGACUGCCCAUGACUCUAAAAUGAGCUGUGAGGAAUUGAUUUUUUGAUUGGAUUGGACCCUACAGGCCAUGUGAACCCUCUAUACAGUUCAUUUGGGAUAGCUGUGAUCAAGUCAUUGUGCUAUUUCGAGGGUCAAAAUUAUGACUUCGGUGAUUCACUAAAGUCAUUUUCUAAUUUCUGGUCUGUUUCUGAUCAACUGGAUAUCAAUCGAGCUGUAACUCUGAAGGACUUGACAGUUGGAGUGAAUGUAAUGCUCUCCUCGCUGAGUGGAGAAAGAGACGUGUUAAAACUAGGAGACACCGACAUGAAGGUACUCUGUGACCAUUUACUUUUGUGCCUCAGGAGGAUAGAGUGGUUCUACCCAUAACAGAUGAGAAGCGUUAAAGGAAGCCUGAGGAGAAACAUGCAGUGGUUUGGCUAGUGGACUGGGAAGAUCUGGAAGAAAAGGAACGCUGGGAAUCAGCAUUUAUCGGAAGCACUUGCACACAAGAUAACAACGGUUGUGCCUCACCUCUCAGUUCCGGUUGACACUGAGUCUGUGUUGGACGGAGCGGUGGACUUCCUGUGAGCCAGAUCAAUUUUGUAUGAGCUGGGCUGAAAGUGUGAAGCUACGUGGCUGUGCCCCACUGAGGCAUGAGUGUGGGAAGGGCCCACCACCACAGCUUCAUAUCCUGUGAAGAAGAAGGCCUGAGAUUAAGUACCAUGCCUGCUGUGGGCAGCUUUGGAAAUGGCAAGAUUCACACGAGACGCAAAUACCGUGGGCGGUUUGUCACCAAGACUGGCCAAUGCAACAUACAUUUCUCAAACAUGGAUGAGAAGUCACAGCGGUACAUAUCUGACAUUUUCACAACUUGUGUGGACAUCCGCUGGCGAUACAUGUUCCUACUGUUCAGCCUGGUGUUUGUGGUGUCCUGGUUAACAUUUGGCUUGGCAUUCUGGGUCAUUGGCCUCCUACACGGUGACAUGGACCAUUCCGGAGAGGAUGGCACUUUUGUUCCUUGUGUCACUCAGGUCAACACCUUUGUGGCAGCUUUCCUGUUCUCCAUAGAGACCCAGACAACCAUUGGGUACGGUGCCCGCUGUGUGACAGAGGAAUGCCCGGCUGCUGUCUUCAUGGUGGUCUUUCAAUCCAUCAUGGGCUGCAUCAUCGAUGCCUUUAUGAUUGGUGCUAUCAUGGCAAAGAUGGCGAGGCCCAAAAAGCGUGCACAGACUCUACUGUUCAGCCACAACGCAGUCAUCGCCUUGCGUGAUGGGAAGCUGUGCCUCAUGUUUCGGGUUGCUAAUCUAAGGAAGAGCCAUAUUGUGGAAGCUCAUGUGCGUGCCCAGCUCGUCAAGCACCGUUACACGGAGGAAGGCGAGUAUAUCCCCCUGGAUCAGAUUGACAUGAACGUGGGCUAUGACAAAGGCACAGACCGCCUGUUCCUGGUUGCUCCCCUUACUGUCAUACAUGAGAUUGAUGAAGAAAGUCCACUUUUUGGCAUCAGUAAGCAAGAUCUGGAAACAUCUGACUUUGAGAUAGUAAUUAUACUUGAAGGGCUGGUGGAGGCCACAGCUAUGACGACACAGGCACGGAGCUCUUACCUGUCCACGGAGAUCUUGUGGGGUCAUCGUUUUGAGCCUGUCAUCUUCGAGGAGAAGAGUCAGUACAGGAUAGAUUAUGCCUACUUUCACAAAACAUUUGAAGUACCAUCCACCCCUAGAUGCAGUGCCAAGGAAAUGGAGGAGAGAAAAUUCCCAGCUUCCGGUGCCAACUCCUUCUGCUAUGAGAAUGAGCUAGCCUUCAUCAGCAGGGAUGAGGAGGAUGAGGGAGAUGUAGAGAAAGAGGAAGACAGGAAGUGGUCAUCAGAGCUGGUGAAUGAGCCAACCACUCCUAGAGAGCAAUGCAGGUGUCAUUUGAAGAGCCCUAUGACUGUCACUCUACUGACAUGAGGACACCACUGAAGACAUUACUGCUGCAGGUGGAGGACCAGCAGUACCGAUCUCUAUCAUACAAGCAAGACUGAAACUCGUCACGUUUCUCUCUGGAUGAACUUUUUUGCUUCCCUGAAAUGGUUACUGAGCUUUAUCCAAUGCAAACAAAAACUGUCACAUUUCAAUUUUCACAUCCUAGAAAUAAAACUGCAUGACAAUAGCAUAGUUUUGUAUGAAUAUUUUGAGAAAUGUUUGAUAAUUUUGAUGGGACUGUCUGUAUGUGCUGUUCACAGUCCUGAAGCAUACAGUCUAAAACUAAGUGUUGAGUGAAAUUGACACUUUGCAGAUGACAAUUAGAAAACUAAACCAUAGGAAUAUUUCUACGGACUCACCUGGUACAAACAGACGUGCAACUGUGGAUUUUGAUCUUAUGAUAUAACUCAUAUCAAAAAUAAGAAUCUUCCACGUUAUACAAUAUCAGUGGAUGACUUGGUUAGUUGGCAUACAUGCAACCGAUGGUACGUGUACAGUAUGGAUUACAUGUAACUAUGGGAGACACAUGAAAGGGUAGAAUAAUAAACAUUCAUCAUAAAACAGGCAAACAUUUAUGCAUAUUAGCAAGGAGAAAUAUCAAUCACUGUCUUUACAUUUCACUCAUUGGGAAACAUUUGACCUGAGCAGAUGUUGAGUUCGUAAUUUCUUUCUUAAUAUUUAACUAGAGACUUCACGGCUGGAGAGAAAGCAGAUCGAAUUUAUCCGUUCGCAAAGCCCAGGCUUAUCUGUUUGUUACUAUGUCUGUCAUACUUUCCGUUGCUUAGCAAAUAAUGCAGUUUACUACGAUAACAGAUGCAGAUUUAUCACUUGAGGUUUUUGCUAGUUUCCAAAUAAGCGAUCCUUGAUUUCAGACUGUGGUAGUGAAAAGCAGUUGCUAAUAAUUUCUAGCCCACAAACCUCGAUUUGUUUGCUAUGGUAGUAAUAAUUCUUAGCUUCAUAAGUUGGUUGAAAAGGCCAUGUCCUGCUGACUUUUAAAGUUUGAAGCUGACUCAUGUUAAAAGUAGAAAACGAGUCUUCAACAUCUACUUGUUGCCACAUACAUGAUAUUGUGCUAAAAGACUGAGGUCUAAGCUAAAAGGACUGAAGCUAAAAGGUCCCAGGCAAAAAGUUAUAAUCCUCACCAGUUGAUGAUCAAAUAUGGAAAUAAAGAAACAACAGUGUUAUUGCAAUGUAGAGAUUGUUAAUCCUAAUAUUAUAACUAUGAUAAGGAAAAAUGUCAAAUAUGAUUAACAUAACCCUGUUUAGCGUAGCUUUGUUUCGCUUAGCUUACAGACAACAUGCAAGACAGAGGCUAGAUUCAUGCUUUAUUUUUUCAUAUUUUCAAAUAGUACUGUAUUUUUCACUUUUAACAUUAAAAGAGAAAAGGCUUUUAACAGCAGGAUUAGUGUUAACUAUCUCAGGUAAUGUUGGGUGGGGUUGCUGCAGUGUAAACUAACCCAAAUCCAAUAAAGGGCAGGACAGGGCCAUAUUAGCCUUCAGUCUGACAUGGUAGCAUCCAGGACUGGCUUCCACAGAGCAAGGAAAUUGGCCUACUGACGUUAGUUGUGAACAUGGCUGUUGUAAUUUUUUUUAAUGCUGCUGGCUUUGGAAGUGACGCUGGGCUAGGUCAUCACAGUAGGUAAAGCUAGCAAGUCAUGCUAAUGUUUGCAGCUUAUUUUUGAGAUGACAAACACACUGGUUAAUCCAUUCCUUACACUCUUGCGCUUGUAUUUUUCUUUUUCAGAGUAACAGUUGAAGAGAUCCAAAGCUUGAGAGGCCUGCUAAUUGCUACCACUGAUUGCACAAUUACUGGUCAGUCAAAGCGAUUAGCGAACGAUCAACUGAAAUUGAUUUCAGUUCAUCUCAGAUGCAGUAUGUGUUCUAAACAGAAAAUCUUAACUGUACACUAAUGUUGUGCAGCAGGUCAAAAAGCCAUCAUCAUGGCCUGUGUGAUUCAAAACAUACAAAAGGAAAUAACCAAAGACAAAUAACACCUCAAAGUUCAGCCCUGUCUGUAACCCCAGGACAUAAAAACACACCAAGAACAGGAUAGUUUUACUCUAAACUGUCACAUAUUGGUAAUCAAAGACUUGACUCAUAAAUUCGGCGGGCCCCAAAAGGCAGUAAAAGAGUCUAAUUAAAGUCGUCUGCAGUGAAACUGUGUCACACGCAUGACCUAUGGGAGACAAAGUGGAGUAAUAUCAUAUCACAUCAAUGCCCUAUAUUGAAUUAAAAGGCCAAAUCCAGAAAAUCUAAUGGGAAGCCCUGACACACAACACCAAAUACAGUACUGAGGAUAUACUGUAUACCAUAUCUUUUGAAAGUUGAUAUAAAGCCAACACAUUAAUGACUCUCUAAUGUUUUAGAUGAACAUGGGACAUAUGUUUUGGUACAUUUAUAUGGUCGGUAAUCACUUGUGCAAACUAGGUAUUUCUGUGAACAUAAGAUCAAGAGGUUUUAAGAAGCUCUAACUCAGAUUUAGAUGCCGUAGUGUCAUGAUAAUGUCAUCAUAGAUAUAUCAGAUAAUACACUUCAUCUCAUGGUAUCUCAAAGUAAAACAUGUAACAGAUUAUUUAAAAUGUAUUUGAAGAAGCAAGAAGUGAGUUUGAAGAGUAGGUAUGUCACAAUGAUGAAAAAAUAAUGAAUAUCCUGACCUUGAGAAAAUUUGUUGGUAUAUUAUUAAAGUGAAUCAAUGUGAAAAAGCGCAGCAGGCAUUCAGCAAACAUUUGCUUAAUUGUAAUCAUGUGUUUCAUACAGACAUACUCAGCUUCGAGGGAGGACCUUGAGUGUCCUAGUUUCCCUCUGACCUGCUCAUGUUGUGGCGGAUCACACACAUGGCAACAAAUAACAAAUUAAUUUUCUGCUUGGUAAAAUUACUGGCCUCCAAAAAGCCUGGGAUAGAUGCACUUUAUUAUUAUUAUUAUUAUUAUUAUUAUUAUUAUUAUUAUUAUUAUUAUUAUUAUUAUUAUUAUUAUUAUUAUAUUAAUUUGGUUCUAGUAUUGAGUCCAUUGAUGUUAUUUUUACCAGUUUAUGUUGUUUUUCUAUGCCCUUGCAUUGGCGUUGGUUUCUUUCGUUCAUUCUUUCUUUCGUUCGUUCUUUCUUUCUCUCUUUCUUUCUUUCUUUCUUUCUAUUAUUAUUCAUAGGACAAGUAACGAUGAUAUAAGGUCAGACUGUAUACCACUGUUUCACUUGUCCUGGGUGAGAUGAAUUAGUUUCCCCUCCAAUAAAAGCUCCAUGUGGGUUAACUUAUACACCUGAAUGCCAUUUCAGCAAAUCUCAACACAUUUGUAUUUAUAUCUUGCUGAGUUGUGCUGAAAAUAUCAGAAUAGGCUUGUUCCAGAAAACAAAUGAUGGUUCCACUGCCCUUUGCACCAAGAGCAGGGCCAAGGACGUCCUGCAUGUAUAGUGCGAAGGAAGAACUCUAUUAUUGUAAAUAAACAGUUAUAUAGUGUUAAUAUCAUAUGUUCCUCGAGCAAAGCAAGAAAGUGGAAAUACUCUCCUGGCUUGACUGACUGAAACAACAUCUACUGAACUGAAUGACUUUGACCUCUUCUUGCUGUCUUCCACUAAAAGCAUUUGAAGCAAUCUUGACUCUAAGUUGCACCACACUUUCUCCAUGCAGGAUUUAGUUUGUUGUGUGAGACAACACUUUAUAAAUUGAAAGACAAAUAAAAGCAAAUCUCCUGUUGAUUUCCACAAUAAAAUAUAUUUCACAAA